AUGUUGGUCACCAGGGCCAAGUCGACCCAGGAGCUGGAAGAAGUGACCAAUGAAGCACUGUCCCUGUUGGAGAAGCGGAUCACUGACUUUGGCCUUCAGAUCGCGGUGGAGAAGACCGAAGCCGUCCUCUUCACGUACAAGUACAAGUACACACAGCCCGCGAUCAGACUGUGCGGCGGCGACAUUCAACUCUCGACCGAGAUGACCUAUCUUGGGAUGGUGGUUGACAAGUCGAUGCUGUUCAAGGGCCAUGUGAAGAGAGCGGCAGCCAGAGCAGCGGCUAUCGGGAACCAGUUGGCAAGGAUCAUGCCGAACAUGGGCGGGCCCCGAGAGGACCGACGACGGCUCCUGUCGUCGGUGGUGCAUUCGGUGCUCCUAUACGGUGCCCCUAGCUGGGCGCAUACGCUGGAGAUCGUGCCAGGAAACGUCCGGACCCUGAACAGAGCCCAACGGAGAGUUCUUCUCCGAUGUGCCUGCGCGUACCGCACCGUCUCCGAGGCGGCAACUAACGUGAUCGCCUCAACGCCGCCUGCAGACCUCUUGGCGAAGGAGAGAGAGACGGUGUUCGACCAGAGACGGGGCCCCGCAGCACCCACGGCAGGCAACGUUCCGAGGACCAACACAAUGGAGGCGUGGCAGGAGAGAUGGUCGACGGAGGAAUCUGGCAGCUGGACCAGACGGUUGAUCCCGGACGUCCGUCCCUGGUGCGCCAGGAGCCACGGGCUGACAACAUUCCACCUGACGCAAUUCCUGUCGGGACACGGAUGUUUUGGCCAGUAUCUGCACCGUAUCCGGAAGCUGGACAACCCGAGGUGUGUGGACUGUCUCGCGCCAGUUGACGACGCAGAACACGCGAUCUUCGUUUGCGAUAGGUGGUGGCGUCGGAGAAUGGAGCUGAAAGUUACUAUCAACGACACAUUCACUCCUGAGACCGUAGUGGGGAAGAUGCUGGAGUCACAGUACAACUGGACGGCAGUAGAGCAAUUCGUGAAGGAGGUGCUGACGAAGAGGGAAUCCGAGGAAAGAGAACGGCAACGUCAAGAAUAA